GCGAGACCAGCGGCGGUCCACAGAGAGAGCCUCGCAGAGACCGAGAAAGACACGGUGGACUCCAUUGCUGUCCCGAGUUUCUCGCCGGACUAGGUGUAUUCCGUUACUGCGUGUCUCGUCCGCGCUCGUGCACGCACAAAGUUUCAUCUCCCCGAAUCGGCGAAUCGUUUUACGAACAAACGACCGACCGAUAGCCGGAGCUUGUGAUUCGGAGACACUUUUUUGUUGUCCAGUGUGCGGGGACGCGUGUGUCCGCGGGCCGAGUCUUCUCGUGCGUGACCUGAGACGUGAGAGAAAAGGGUACCACAAUGGCUGACCAACUCACAGAAGAACAGAUCGCAGAAUUUAAGGAAGCGUUUUCGCUUUUCGAUAAAGACGGCGAUGGUACUAUAACCACCAAAGAAUUGGGUACAGUCAUGCGGUCCCUUGGUCAAAAUCCCACAGAAGCCGAACUACAAGAUAUGAUUAAUGAAGUAGAUGCAGAUGGUAACGGCACAAUCGACUUUCCGGAGUUCUUGACCAUGAUGGCGCGUAAAAUGAAGGACACGGAUAGCGAGGAAGAGAUUAGGGAGGCCUUCAGAGUGUUCGAUAAAGAUGGAAAUGGUUUCAUAUCUGCGGCGGAACUCAGACACGUCAUGACCAAUCUGGGCGAGAAACUCACUGAUGAGGAAGUAGAUGAAAUGAUACGAGAAGCCGAUAUCGAUGGCGACGGUCAAGUUAAUUAUGAAGAAUUCGUCACAAUGAUGACAUCAAAGUGAAUGCAACCUGUGUAACGGAAAAACUCGCGACUCGGAGUGGUGUUGACGUAUUAAAUAAAUCAAGAAACAGAGAAAAACAUAUGUAACAAAAACAGAAUCAACCAGAAAGUGAUAAAUCUUGUAUCAGGAUGCGAAGAUGAUCUAUAAAAGCGCGAAGAGUCAACGUCCGAUACCGCGUUUAAAAUCAUCGUUUAACGAUAAGUAAUACAGGGCAAUUAAUUGUUUAAUUAAAGAGUUAUACCACUUAAAUCAUUAUCUCUCAAAACACAAAUAUUUACGCGUGUACACACAAUACAAUAACACGUCACACCGAUACAUACGGAACACUCAAAGAGUAUAUAUAUACACUUACAUACACAUUCACUCGGAUGUCUUAUUUCCAUUGGACAAAACAAAUUUGGAAGUGAGAUAACGAUUGCGCGCGCAUGUGCACCAACGACAAAGAAAAAAGUGCAUUUUCCAUUUUACUCUCUUUCUCGACUGCCCCCCCUCCUCCUUCCCCUUUCCUUUUCUCUUGUUGCAUCCCUCGCUAUCAUCUUUCCUUCUCGUUUCCAUACCUUCUCCUUCAUUUCCUCGAAAGUUUUUUUUUAAUAAGAAAGGCAUGUCGAAGAUUUGUAAUUUCUCUUUGCAAAUAGAGAGGAAACGUGUGCGUUAGGGGACAAAGUAUAAAUCCGAUGUAAGAUACUAUUAAAAGCAGCAAAGAUUUAUUUGCCAAUCGAGAGAGAGAGAGAGAGAGAGAGAGAUUUCAUCUCGAGAAUUCCUUCGUUCAUUUUUUUAAUAAACGAAAUACGUGUAUAGUGAAUGAUGACAUUAGGAUAUGUAGCUGCUAAAUAGAUGAUGAUGUCUCUACCGUUAAAAUGCAUGCACAUGUACAAAUGUUUGUUUGUCUCUGUGAGAGAAUUCGGCCUGGACCGAUCGUUUUCCAGACAAAGAGAGAGAGAGAGUGAGAGAGAGAGAGAGAGAGAUAAAGAGAGAGAGAGAGAAUAUAAAUAUGAUGCGCUUCGGCCUCUGGGUUAUUGAUGACGACUUCAAAUGCAAAAGCUGUGCUGGACCCCUCGAUGCCUCACAAAACUAAUAACUUAAUUUAUAUAAGUAACGAGCAAGAAAAUUUAUAAAAAAAAGAAAAUGUGAAAGAGAGAGACAAAGAAAAAAAGAGAUAAGGUAUAGAUGAAGAAAAAUUGGAAGAGGAGCCUCGAGGAGCUCAGACCUAGUGCUUUCGCUCGCGCGUGUCGCGUCUCGCAGGACGGGAUGUGAUCGGUCGCGCGGAUGAUGUCACACGGGAACACGGAUAAUGAGCCGCGACGCGAUCGUUGGAAAGCUCCAGGAUCCGAAGUCUCGACAUUCCUAUUUGAAAAAAAAGAAAAGUCUCUUCCUUACGCUUUCAAUCAACAUCAUCCAAGCCUCUCGUGCCCGUGCAUACGGGACUCACACGUACACGUUUACAUAUAUAAUACGUUUUACGAAUUAUAUACGCGAGAAAAACUCUAUACACACAAAAGAUUAUACACACAGAGUAAAAAAAAAAGAGAAACACUAUAAUAUUAUAUUCACAAAGUGCGUUUUGCCUCCAGUUCCAUUUUAAUCUCCUAUUUGUAAACUUGCCUUCCGCUCGGGAAAGCCUUACAUACAUGCGCG